UCGCGCUCUAUACGGAACUAAUCGGGAAUCUAGCUAUGCCACAGGCCAAUCUGAAGUUAAGCGCACACGAUCAGCAGGUCUUGGAAUCUAUAUUCAAUCCCUUAGAGCUUGCUGGCAUCACAACCCACAAUGACACCGUCAAGGCAGAAAUGGAGCUAGUGGAUGAGGAACCCGACACUGAACUGUUGCAAGCUUCUAGGGAACUGGAGUUCCAAGCUGUACGCUUGACGGAACAGGGAGAUUUGGAUAACGCGCUAAUGAAAUUCGAAAAGGCGUUACAGCUUACAGAACGCGCUUCAGUCUAUAACAAUCGAGCACAGACCCUACGCUUAGCCAAACGUGAUCAUGAGGCUCUGGAGAAUCUAAAUCGUGCUCUGGAACUUGCGUCUAAACAACAAGCGCGUACCAAAUGCCACGCCCAUUGCCAGCGAGGCGUAUUGCAUAGAAAAAUGGACAACUUGGAUGCAGCACGAGCGGACUUUGAAGCUGCCGCUCAGCUCGGUAGUAAAUUUGCACGGGAGCAGUUAGUGGAAAUCAAUCCAUUUGCGGCGCUCUGCAACCAAAUGCUGCAACAAGCCUUCGAUCAGCUGAAAUGAGAGCACUUAUAGGUUGGCUUUGAUUUAACUAAAAGGCGAACUCUCGUUAACAUAAAUAAAAAUUAAUUAAGUUCAA